UGGAAGGUUUACACAACAUGGAUGGUGAGUUUGAGGCAGAAAAUCUUGAUACGUUCUUUGAUUGGGACGACGACCAAUUCAUACCAACAUUUUUACAGAGUGACACUUCCAUCACUGCUUUGCAAGAUCUAAAUUUAAUGGAAAAUUUUAAUUUCCAAACUGAGGUUCCUCCUGUUAACCCCUCUGCAGUUAUGGAAUCAAUAGACCAAGCAGAAACUCAGGUGCAACUCACGGACCCAACAUCUUGGUUUUCCCAGGGACCCUCAAGUACUAUGGCUUUCGGUUUCGUUCCAAAUCCACUGCCAUCACCACCAACCACUUCUGUUCUUAAUGGAACCCAACUCAUCAACUCUUUACCAUCCCUGGAGGAAUUGAUGUUCGACGGUGAAGGUCCAUCUUUUCCAGGACUCGAUGUGACCCAAACUGCUUGCUCCAAUCAACUCCCAGACUUUCAAGAUCAAAAUGUGCUUGCGCUUGAAGAUCUUCAUUUUAAUGGCGAGCAAAACACAUUCGACAUCAAUAAUUUCAAUGUUAACCAAUCAUCCUCUGUUAAUCCAGCGUUGGUCCACCCAAACCCCGUACAGGUGAGCCCAGCGAAUGAAACAUACUCAAGUGGAUUGUUUGCGCCAUCCCAGAGACCGGAGUUUUUUCCGGUUCAGAAUCAUAUCAGUGAUUCCCUUGCUGCAUGGAACUCUAGUAGGCCCCAGCAAUUCGAAUUCUCUUCUUCUGAUAUCUAUGGAGCACAUAUCGCACCCAAUUGCAUGCAGCCAUUCUCUACAGUGCAGAAUCAAGUGGGCCAUUCCUCUGAAUUGCGGCAUAUUCAUGAUUUACAAUCUCAAAGUUCUAUGGGGCCUGUCAACUCAUUGUUGGAGCCAUACUCGGAUGUUGACACUGCUUUUGUCACAAUGCCAGCAAUUCCUUAUCAACUAGGUUGUAGACCUUUGCUGCCUAAGCCUGCAGUUCCUUCUGCAUCCUCACUUGCCAAUUAUGGUCAAAAACCUAGCUUAUUUGCGACAAGCAAUUCCCAAAGAUCCGGAUCUUCAGGGCCUCCGACCAAUCCAAUGUAUUCCCCGUUUCAGGAUCAGCGCCAUCAUCCCCAAGUCACUAUGCCUAAUAUCCAAGGACAGCAAAGUCGUGCCUCAAUGCAACAGUGGUCCCCGGGUGCGCCCAAUCACAUUAAUAAACAUAAUCAAAGGAUGAAUACCCCUAAUCUGCGACGGCGUAGUAGCACAAGUCCUUGGGUAACUGGAGCAUCAAGUUCACGAGUUUCUACCUCCAGGGAGGCUAAGAUUGCUCCUGGUUUAAGAAUACAAGAAGAAGCCACUAUUCCCAAGAAUGAAGUACGGACUAGUCCGGACAAGGGAAAUCUUCAAGGAACUUCAUCAACUAGGUCCGAACCUUCUGAAGCGAUUAGGAGGAUUCUAAAUAUGAAUCCUUCGCGGUUGGUUAGGCGUCCCAUCGCUGCUGAACAAAUUCAAGGCAGCCACCUAUCCGAAAGGGCACGUUAUGAACCACCAUCUCGUGGUCGUCCUCCAAAACGACGCUUUGAAGAGUAUUUUCAACGUGAAAGGGUUUCUUCCGAAAUAGGAAAUGCUGGAACAACUCCAACAUCUCGACAAGCCCUACAUAUUCCUUACAGUUAUCGAAACGCCAUAGCCCCAAAUCCCCCAUCUGCUCCUAGGUUUUCAAAAUCUCUCUACGACAUAGAAUAUGAGAGGAAAGGUCAUCCCAUUGACCCCCUUCUUAGAUUAUUUAAACGAUCACCAGAUAACUAGUUUGCCUGGAGUUUUCAGAAUAUAUGACACCAUAUCUUUCCUCCAGAGCAGCUAGAUUAGAAGAUUUCAAUUUGUAUCUUUAAAAAGUCAUUAGUUGCAGACAAUACUCAUAAACAAAGACUAGUUCUGACAAUAUUAUUUGCACAUCUAAGAUUUGACAUAACACAAAGAAUUAGGGUUAUGUAAUAUAUUUCCGUGUGCAAGUAAUAUUAUCUGUGAUGUUGGUUACGGUCUACCAAAGUA